UCAAUUUUUUUCAAGAGUUAAUCAAACAGUUUUAUUACUUUAAUAAAUGAAGAAUACAACACAUUAUUUUAGUGUCAGUUUUACUUUGUUUAAUUUACAAUGCUCAUACUAAUCAAAGUUACUAAUGAUUGUGUCCGACUAACAAUAUUUUCAGUGCUGAAAUGUGUUUGUUUUUUAAUACACACAAGUUGAAAAUACUAUAAAAUAAAUAUUACAGCAGAAAAGUUAUUAUGGCAGCUGUUAAAAGUGAAAUAGUGUUGGAUGAAACUGCAAUAAUGGAGAAGUAUCGAUCUGACAUAACUAUGCUCGCCGAUCCAAAUGUUGAAGAUGAACAAAAAUUGAAGAUUGUUCAAACUCUCAAUGAAAAUUUUGAAAUGAUUGUAUCUUCGCCAAACUAUCCUGUGUUUUUGGAGCAUAUGAUUAAGAAUUUUGUUCGUAUUUUAGUAGAUGGAGAACCAUAUUUUAUAGCCGAGUAUCAUAUAUUUCAAGUACGGAAGGUAGUGUUGGAGAUGCUUUAUAGGCUACCGUGUAAUGAGUAUUUAAAACCAUAUGUCGAUCGGCUAGUAACAUUAUGCAUGAAGCUCAUUGAAAACGAUAAUGAACAAAAUGGUAUCAUUUGUAUACGCAUAAUUGUUGAACUAUUAAAAAAUUUUAGACCUCCGUACAAUUCAGAAAUAAGCAAAUUCCUACAACUAACCAAAAAAAUUUAUUGGGAUAUACCUGACAGUAUGGAUAAAAUAUUCAGCAUGAGAACUCAACAAAAAUUGCGUAUUAAUGAUUUAUCCACUGUUGAUAUUAGUGAAAUAUUGGAUAAUACCUAUUCUACAAUAGUCAUAAACUGUGAAACUACUGAAAAUAAUAUAGAAACGUAUAAUGUUAUUCCACGCAGUAUAUCAUCAUUAAAAAUACUACAAGAAUUACCAAUAGCAAUCGUACUCAUUUAUCAACUCUACAAAGACAACGUAAAGCGCGAACUCAGUGAAUACAUACCGACUAUUAUUCGCAUCAUACCUUUGCAACCGUCUUUACACUACAAAUCUCAUCCCAAUUACAGCAAAGAAAUCUUAGUCGAGUUGAUAUCGGCUCAAAUAAAAGUAUUGUCGUACUUAGCUUUUGUUAUUAAACCGUUUACGGACAUAGUAACUCUGCAUUCGACACAACUGGUCGAAGGGAUGAUUGGAAUGCUGGAAUCAUGUCCGAUGGAAGUAACACAUCUGAGAAAAGAAUUACUGAUUGCAUCCAGGCAUAUUCUGAAUACCGAUUUGAGAAUAAAAUUUAUUCCUUAUAUGGAAAAAUUAUUAGAUGAAGAUACUCUUCUUGGCCGUGGGUGGACUACUACAGAAAACUUAAAGCCAUUAGCAUAUAGCACUAUUGCUGAUCUUAUUCAUCAUGUUCGAGUACAUUUAUCACUUCCUACUAUUGUGAAAGCUAUCAACUUAUUUGCAAUAAAUGUUCACGAUCAUAGUUUGACGCCUAGUAUUCAGUUAAUGUGUUGCAAAAUGUUAAUGAAUUUAGUGGAUUGUAUUCGACAAAGAAACGGAGAACAAGUUCCUGAUUUAAAAUUCACAGUGGGAGAGACUGUCAGUUUUGAUUUGUUAAUACGUAUUCUUCAGGUUUAUGUGCUUAAACUAAAAGUAGUAGCAAAAUUGUAUAUACCAGCAAUACUUUCGAAGAACUCAAAUAAAGUUUCGCAAUUGGAUAUGUUACAAAGUAUCGAUAAUGAAAGUGAAAUUAUUGAAGAAAAUAUAAAAAAAGAACAAAAAGAUAACUUGGAUAAUCCUGUAGAAACAAAGCUAAAUGAAAAAAGUAAAUAUGUGUUCCCAUCAACACAAACUGCCCUAUUUACUUUACCUGAAUGUAGAACAUUGGUUAAAGUCAUUAUAUGUGGCAUAAAAACAGCAGCUUGGGGCUUAGCAACAUUAAAGACUGCCAAAGAAGAAGACUCUGGAAAUGUGCCAAAGCUACCUGCAAAGCCACAAAUUGUUAAAAUGUAUUUAGGGCUUGUUAAGUGGUCUCUGCAAGCAAUGGAUGUACAUAUGGUUAAUCCGUUGAAUAGUCAAAGUACAAAUGCCAAUGUUGUGAGACCCCGAUCGAAAGAAGAAAAAGAAGCAAUGGACCAUUUAAGUGGAAUUUUUUCUCUUUUACAUCAAAAUACAUUUAAAGAAAUAUUUUCAACAAGAAUUGCAUAUUUUGUUGAACGAGUCGAAAAAAAUCACGCUUUAAUGUAUAUUAGUGAAUCACUUUUAAAUAAUAGCCUCAAUACAUCAGAUACCGCAUCCAUAUUUGCAAAACUUCUGUUAGAACAUUUACUCAAUAAAAUGGAAGACAUGGGCAGUGGAAAUGCAGAACGUAGUAAUUUAUACUUGAAACUUUUCAAACAAGUUUUUGAUACAGUAAAUCAGUAUUCAAUUGAAAGUGAACAAACGCUACAACCAUAUUUAAAUCAAAUUGUUAACAGCUCAAUGAAAAUGGCGUUAACCGCAAAAGAUCCUUAUUAUUAUUUUUUGUUGUUACGUCCGCUUUUUCGUUGUAUUGGCGGAGGGGCCCAUGGUGUUUUGUAUCAAGAAUUUUUACCUCUUCUACCAAACUUACUUAAGAGUUUAAAUAGUCUUCAGUCAGGUCUUCACAAACAAGAUAUGAAAGAUUUAUUUGUGGAACUGUGUCUAACCGUUCCCGUACGUUUAAGUUCGCUACUCCCUCAUUUACCUUUACUUAUGGACCCUUUGGUUUCUGCGUUAAAUGGCUCGCCAUCACUGAUCAUACAAGGUCUUAGAACAUUGGAAUUAUGUGUUGAUAAUUUACAAACAGAUUUUCUUUAUGAACAUAUUCAACCGGUAAGAGCAGACUUAAUGCAAGCUUUGUGGCGUUCAUUACACAAUACAAAUGAUAAUGUAUAUCCCGUAGCAUUUAGGGUAUUAGGAAAAUUUGGUGGUGGUAACCGCAAAAUGAUGACUGAACCUCAGCGAUUAGAUUAUUCAAUACACAAACAAUCAAAAAAGCCAGCUAUCAUUGUUAAUUUUAUCGAACACGCCCAGCCUGUAAUACUCAAUGUCGAUAUGGCUAUUGAAACAGCUGCAGAGUCUCUUAAGUCCUCCACAGAUCCUUAUUAUCGUAAAAAGUGUUGGGAAGUCAUUAAAUCAUUUUUGGCGGCGUCUGUUUUAUCAAAUGAUGAUAAAUCGCUUUUAAUGAAAUUUUUUUCUCAUCCUAGUUUUAAAGAAGGGAAAAUAUCAAAUUUUCAAUCAACUGUGUACAAAUAUCCAGAUCCAGUCGUACGAAAUACUUAUGUAAUGGCGUUAAACGGUAUUUUUGUGAGUGCAGCUGUAAAAGAACUUAGGGACACAGCUCUAGGAACAUUAUUAGAUAUCGUAAUGAGAUAUACCAUGGUAGCUGUUUCACAGCAAGCGGGACCUUUAGUAAAUAGUGAAAAAAGUGAAAGAUGUUCAUUUGGAAUGGAUCCUUUAGUUUUAAUUGAUUCAAUGGCAACUGUUAUGAGUUACCAAGAAAAAGAACUUCUAAAGCCUGCACGAUUAGCUCUGACUAUUAUUCUUAACACGGCGACUAUUAUUAUGGGCUCCAAAGAACGAGCUUGUCAAUUACCUUUUAUGGAAUAUAUGGUAGACAAAUUAUGCGCUUUGUGUUAUGAUCGUGCAUGGUACACUAAAUUUGGAGGAUGUUACGCCAUACAAUUUUUCUACAGCAGUAUGUCUUUGCAAUGGGUUUUCGAACAUUUAUACUUGUUUGUUAAAGCCCAACUUUUCGUCAUUAUGGAUUUAUCUGGAGACGUUUCAAAUGGAGUUUUGGAUGAAGCCAAAAAGAAUUUGGAAAAUAUGUUGAGAAAAGCUGCAUCCCCGUUAGAUCAAAAUGCUGGUUCUCAGCUUCAAGCUUUGCAAAAAAAAGCAAUACACGAAGUGACGUACGAGCUUAUUCGUCAAGUCACUAGCCCUAAUGAUCUACUCAGAAAUCAUUCAACUCAUUUAUUGGGAGUAAUUGCUAACGCUCAAGGAACUACCAUAACUCAGGUCAUGGAACCUCAUAAGGAGGGGUUGUCUGAAAUUAUACCCUUGAGAAAACAUUUACUACGACAUCAAGGAUUUAAAGCCCAAAUUGGAAUGAUGGAAGGAAAUACCUUUUGCACGUCUUUAUUACCACGAUUGUUUACAAUAGAUUUAAACAUUAAAGAACAUAAUUUAUUCUAUCAUGAAGUAUCCAAUUUAUGUGAAGCUAGUGAUUCUGCAAUGUCUAAAUUACCUGGUUACAAAACAAUGAAUCCUGGACAGAUGUUAUUGUUGCGACAAGCUGGAAUGCGAGCGCUUGCCGCGUGCUAUUAUAUUCCUCAGCCUGAAGUUAAAAGUAGAAUAUUUCAUGCUUUAUAUGCUGCUCUGGAUAAAAACAAUCAAGAUUUGCAAGAGACUGCUUUUCAAUGUUUACGAAAAUUUGUAUCGACAUCACAAAUUGAUAUGCCAAUGGUUCACGAGUUAAUGAAAAAGCAAUUAGGCGAUUUGGGAGAUUAUAGAAAUUUAACAUUAAGUGGUACACGUCGCCUAUGGUAUUUAGUUCAAUUAUUCCCGACAAGUUUUAGUGAUAUGUUUUGUACACAUUUAAUGGAAAUAAUGAAAAAAAUGUUUGAAGUUUUGAUUCAAAUGAAAAAAGGAAUUAGUAAAGAUGGAAAUUAUGAAUCAAUCAUGGUAAUAAUCAUUGAGAUGUAUAGACAACUUCCAGUAGCCAAUUAUAGACAUAUCGAGUCUUUGUGUCGUCUAGUAUUAGAUAGCGAGAAAAGUCUUCAAGUUUGCAUAUUAUCUCCAUUUCAUAUGCCAUUACUUGGUUGCUUACUCAAGUAUCCGUCUCAAAUUCUACAACUCUUUUUACAAGAUAACCACAUAAAAGAAGCUAAUUGGGUAAAGUAUUUACACAUGAUGAUAAACAACGACAAGUGUCAGUCGAUUAGAGAAGCAUUGCAAAACAGUGGUCGUAGACUUAAUGAAUUGAUAACCAUUUCCCAUUCCGAUCCAACUAAAGCGAUUCAAUAUGAAGCAGUAAAACUUAUUUACGUUCUUGUCAGACUGGAUAAAUCUUGGAUAGCAAAUCAAACAGAUCUAAUUAUUGCAUUAUCAGAAUUGUGGGCCUCGGACUGCUAUCAAGACCAUUUCCUAAAUCCUGGUUAUCUUGAAUUUGACCAUUGGAACGAACCUAAAAUGCUAGCUAAAAUAUUGCUUCAAUAUUUCAUCCAUAACCCAAACCAAGUAGAUCUACUGUUCCACUUGAUAAAAGCAUUCUGUUUUAGAUUCAUAUCUGAUUUCCAAUUUUUACGCGUUUACUUGGAGGACACGGUUGCCAAAACAUUUUCACCUUUAUGGAAAAGAACAGCAUUUUUCCGUUUUGUAGAAAUAUUUCAAGACAACAACAUGAGCAACCAUUUUAAAUCUAAAAUUCUCCAAUAUAUUAUAUUGCCUUCUGUGUCGACUAGUUAUGAAAAAAACGAACAACAUGCGCUAAUACAUGGUACAUCAGAUCCGUCAGAUACCUCAGGAAACAUAGUAACUUCUUACAUAUACCAACUAAUUGUACAUGAAAUACCAUCCGGAAUCGGUGAAGAUAGUAUACGGAUUCAUUUAUUACAGUUAGGCUGUAUGUUAGUAGAUGAUUUUCCAGUCAACAAAGACAGUGCAUUUAGUCCUGAUGGGUUGUGCGAGAACUUAAAAAGAGUAAUGAGUUACGCUUGGCCGUGUUUGUUAGAAAAAUCUUGUGUUGACCCAACUGCUCGUUACAGCGGACACCUAUUACUUUCUUAUAUAGUAGCUUCGUAUCAUGUUAAUAGCCGUAUUAUUUUACAAGUCUUCCAUGAGCUACUAAAAGCUUAUCACGUCGAAGUUCGCAAUGUCGUACGACAAGCUUUGGAUUUAAUAACUCCAGCGUUGUCUAUUCGUAUGAAUAACGGCAACAAAAUGUUAUGCCAGUGUACAAAAAAAAUCAUUGUCGAGGAAGCACAUUUAAUGCAACAAUUAUUCCACGUACUACAUUUGGUGGUUAGACAUUAUAAAGUGUAUUAUCCAAUCAGACAUCGAUUAAUUCAGCACAUGCUGUCUGCAAUGCAGAGAUUAGGUUUUAUGUCGUCUGCUACUUUUGAACAUAAAAAAUUGGCUGUAGAAAUGGCCGAAGUCAUUAUAAAAUGGGAACUGCAGAGAAUUAGAGAUGAAAACAAUGCUCCAGAGAGUACAAUGGAAGAGGGCAUAAAAAAAAUUAAACUAGAACCGGCGAUUCCUUUGCAGUCUGAUGACAUUGAUAAAGGAGUGCCUAUAAACAAAAAUGAUUUAGGAAUAGUUUUCAACUUUUUAGCGAAAAUUGCUUGUCAAGUAAAUGAUGGUGUAGCCGGAGGUAUGGCUGAACUUUUAUCAAAGCGCUGUAUCGCUUUAUUGAGGACAGCUUUGAAGUCGGAAGCUAUUAUGUCCAGGUGUAUUGAUUUGAUGAAAUUAGGAUGGAUGGAAAAAGUAUUUUGCACAGUUUCUAGUUUAGAAUCAGCUGCUAGUAAUCCAGCCACUGCAGUUGCUGUUGCAAAUAUAGCAUCAGCGUUUGAUCUGUUAGCAUUUUUCUUAACGAUUUUACCCAAAGAACAACUGUUGAGUACAAUUAAACCUCUUCAAAAAUCAUUGUUUGACUGCAUUAGUACUACUAAUAUGAAAAUUGGCAGAAUGGCUCAUGCAUUCCUUAGUCGUUUAAUUUUUAAUUUCCCAAUGGUAAAACCAUAUCUCAAUGAACUGGAAGAACUUUAUAUUUUGAUAAAUGUGUUGAUCGAUGAGAGUUUAAAUAAUUUUGAAAAAAACAUCUCGCAAAAUUACAAUCGAUUUUUAACGUGUGUCAUCAUGUUAAAAGCGGCUAGUGCAAAUAAUGCAGCGUUUAUUGAUAAUCUGUCUUCCCGUUUUGUACACGUUUUGCAAAAAGUGUGCCGUGAACAACCACAAUCGACUAACACCGAAUCUUCAUUAGGAAUCAGCGAGUUAGUUAUACAAAGUUUAGAUUUAAUGAAGAAUAGAGUUACUAACAUGCAUAUAGAAACUCGUAAAACAUUUAUUGGCACUAUUCUUGUUGGACUAAUCGAAAAAACUAACGACACAAGAAUAAUGAAAACAAUAUUAAAGAUGCUAGAAGAAUGGAUGCAUAACCCACCUGAAGAAGGACCAAAUUUGCGUGAAAAAUCUAUACUUUUGGUGAAAAUAAUGCAACAUAUCGAAAAGAAAUUUCCAGAUUUGAACGCUCAGUAUCUCGAUAUUAUUAUCUACAUUUAUAGAGAUGAAGAACUACGCAAUUCAGAGCUCGGAAGUAAAUUAGAAGCUGCGUAUUUAAGUGGUUUACGCUGUUCACAACCUGCUGUUCGUGAAAAAUUCUUUUCCUUGUUCAAUCAGCAACUAAACACUAGACUUCCAGAAAGGUUAUUGUACAUAGUAAGCUCUCAAAAUUGGGAACCGAUGAUGACACAUUAUUGGAUUAAGCAGUGUAUUGAACUUAUUUUAGCCACAGUCGACCCAAAUUUGCCUGUUAUUUUAGAAGACGCCAAUUCAUCAACUUCUUCCAAAUUACCAACAAUUAGAGAAUUGGUCAACAAUUGUGAUGUUACAUUUAGGGAUGAAAUUCUAAACACCAACGAAGAUAUCGCAGUGAAAUCAGAAUUUGCAAUGGAAACUGAUCAGAUGGUGACUGAUAAUAUUGAAGUUGUUGAAGGUGGAAAAUUAGAACCAUUAAUUAGCAGACAUAUAAAAUUUAUGGAUAAUUUAAAUACCAUGAAAAUUGGAGAUAUUUGUUCAGCUAUUGCUCAACUAUGUCACAUGGAUUCGAGUUUAGCCGAAAAAAUCUGGCUCGUAUUAUUUCCGGCUAUAUGGUUGUCAUUGAAUUCCACACAACAAACUAUACUCCUUCCUGAAAUCAAUCAAUUUAUUGUGAGUGGCAUUCAUGUUGUCCAAAGAGAUGUUCAUCCGAGUGUGAUUUCCACAUUUUUUGAAGCAUUAUUCCAAUGUGAUCCGAAAAUAAAUUUUAAACCAAGUGUUAUGAUGUAUAUUGGAAAAUCUCAUAAUUUAUGGCACAGGGUUACUUUAUCUUUGGAAAAAAUGAUGAUCGACAAUAACUUUGAAGUUUCCAAACAAGAUUGCUACGAGUUUGAACCCGAAAUAUCUCCUCAAAGGGAUGCAAUCGAUACGUUAGCCGAAAUGUACAAACAACUUAAAGAAGAAGAUAUGUGGGCAGGGUUAUGGCAGAAACACGCUCAGUAUCGCGAGACCAAAGUGGCCCUUGCUUUAGAACAACAAGGAUUAUUUGAACAAGCACUGUCUACUUACGAAUCUUUAAUUGAAAAGUAUCAAAAUGAAUUUUCUAGUUCUCCAGCGUCAGUUAUGGCUUUGAGUGAAGCACGUUUGUGGGAAUCGCAAUGGAUAAGAUGUUCGAAAGAACUAAAUCAGUGGGAUAUUUUAUUGGAGUAUUCAAAGCUCAAUGGUCAUUUGAAUCCAUUUUUAAUACUAGAUAGUGCUUGGCGAAUACCUGAUUGGCACGUAAUGAGCGAAGCAUUAAGUUGUGUUGACAAUACCUGUCCCAAAGAAUUUUUAUGGAAGAUGUAUUUAUACAGAGGAUUUUUGGCAAUAUGUCAUCCAGACGACCCAAAUUUACCAGUAGUUGUUCGUAAUGUAGAAAUGGCUAGUAUACACGUGAUUAGAGAAUGGAGACGAUUACCACAUAUUGUAUCUCAUAUUCAUAUACCAUAUCUUCAAGCUGCUCAGCAGAUUAUGGAAUUACACGAGGCUUAUCAAAUUCAUCAAGGUUUACAAGAAAAAGAUACAAAUAAUUCAUUACACAAUAUGAAAGCCAUCUUAAAGACAUGGAAAAAUCGUUUACCAGUCGUAGCUGACGAUUUAAGCCAUUGGAGUGAUGUGUUCGUGUGGCGUCAACAUCAUUAUCAAUUUGUCAUUGAAUAUUGUUCCAGACCUGAACAGUCCACCAAUGCUGUUCUGGGUGUCCAUGCGUCUGCUCAGGCAAUAAUUCAUUUUGGGAAAGUUAGUCGAAAACAUAAUCUUACCGGUGUAUGCCUCCAAACACUUUCUCGUCUCUAUACAAUACCUAAUGUACCUGUAGUGGACUGUUUUCACAAAAUUAGACAACAAGUAAAAUGUUAUAUGCAAAUGGCUUCUAUAUCGUCAAAUAAACAUGAAAUACAAGAUUGUUUGGAAGCUAUAGAAAGAACAAAUUUAAAAUUCUUCCAAAGCGAGAUGACUGCUGAAUUUUAUGCACUAAAGGGCAUGCUACUUGGCCAGAUUGGAAAAUCUGAAGAAGCGCAUAAAGCAUUUUCGGCAGCUGUUCAACUUCACGAUUCUAUGGUAAAAGCGUGGGCUUUAUGGGGUGAAUAUAUGGAAGAAUAUUUCACCAAGAGUUAUCCCAAUCAGACAAUGCAGACUGGUGUUGCAGCUAUUAUUUGUUUCCUUCAAGCCUGUCGACAACAGAAUGAAUCAAAAUAUCGAAAAUACUUGGCUAAAGUUUUGUGGUUAUUAACUUAUGACGACAAGGAAUACUCUUUACUUAGUACUGUAGACACACAUUUUAGUGGAGUACCUCCAGCAUUGUGGCUACCUUGGGUUCCUCAAUUACUGACUACUCUAGCAAGUGAUGGUGGUUCGCUUUUACAAAAUUUAUUAAUUCAAGUUGGAAGACUGUACCCACAAGCUGUAUAUUUUCCGACAAGAACACUAUACUUUACGCACAAAAUUGAAUACAGAGAACGUUGCAGAAAUGCUGAACUAUUAGCAGCAGCCAAUAAACAAGGUCAAAUGAAUGAACCCACGACCCAAAGUUCUACGAGUACUCAAAAUACUGGCAUAACUGAUUCUUCUUUGAGAGCUACGCCGGCUAUGGUGAGGUUCUCGAAAGUGAUGCAUCAACAACGUGAAGUUCAUCCAACAAUUGUACUGACAUUAGAAGGCAUAGUCGAUCAGAUGGUAUGGUUCAGAGAAAAUUGGUAUGAAGAAGUUUUGAGACAACUUCGUCUAGGUUUAGCAAAAUGUUACAAUAUAGCUUUUGACAGUCGAGGUUCGGUUGCUGAUGCACAAAUAACACCUCAUACGCUAAAUUUCAUUAAGAAAUUAGUAUCAACGUUUGGAAUAGGAAUAGAAUUAUUAGCAAACAAUAUGGCUGCUAAUAGUGCAGCAAUAUCGACUAAAGGAUCUUUCCCAGGCUCUGGGUCUGAGAGUUUAGCUAAACGAGCGCAAACCACUAUACAAGACCCAGUUUUUCAAAAAAUGAAACAGCAGUUUUCAAUCGAUUUUGAUUUCACAUUACCCGGUGCGAUGAAACUACAUAAUAUGAUUUUAAAAAUGAAGAAGUGGAUUAAAAUAUUAGAAACAAAAAUCAGACUUCUACCAAAAUCUUUUUUAAUUGAAGAAAAAUGUAGAUUCCUAAGUAAUUUUAGUCUUCAGACUGCUGAAAUUGAAAUACCGGGAGAAUUUCUUCUUCCAAAACAUUCCCAUUACUACGUGAAAAUAGCACGUUUCAUGCCCAGAGUACAAAUAGUUGAAAAACAUAAUACGUCGGCAAGACGAUUAGUUAUGAGAGGUCAUAACGGUAAACUAUAUUCCUACCUAGUGAUGCACGACGCAGGACUAGGCGAUACAAGACGUGAAGAACGCGUUUUGCAACUUUUGAGGAUGUUAAAUCAUUAUUUGACUAAACAAAAAGAAACGUCUCGACGAUUUUUAUAUUAUACAGUACCACGAGUAGUUGCUGUUUCACCUCAACAACGUUUGGUCGAAGACAAUCCAUCGUCUUUAUCAUUAUUAGACAUUUAUAAAUCCAUGAGCACCACCCAACCGUACGAUGAUUGUAUUGAACAUUAUUACCAACGUUUAGCAAAUAUACAAAACCAAGGAACUCAAGCGAAUAUCCAAAUGCUAUUAGAUGUAUUUUUAGAAGUACAAAAGAUUUAUUGUCCAAGUGAUACAUUAAAAAAUUGGGCGUCUUUAACAUAUGCUUCACCUACCGAUUAUUGGACGUUUAGAAAAAUGCUCACACUUCAGUUAUCAUUAUCAUGUUUAGCAGAGUAUGUACUACAUCUGACUAGACUCAAUCCAGACAUGAUGUAUAUUCAUCAGGAUUCUGGUUUGUUAAACGCUUCAUACUUUAAGUUUGAUGUUGAUGAUAAAAAAGGCGAAUUAGUUUCAAAUCGUCCAGUGCCCUUCAGAUUAACACCCAAUUUUGUUGAACUAAUGACAGAUAUUGGUCAAAACGGCCCUCUCACCGCAAGUAUUAUGGCAACAGCACGUUGUUUUAAUCAGCCCAAUAAUAAAGUUCAAGCAAUUCUUAGAGCGAUAUUAAGGGACGAAAUGAUUACGUCUUACAAAAAGAAACUUGAAGACGAAUUAUCAACAGAUAGAGAUGAUAUAUCUGGUGAUAUAAUAAUAAGUAUGGUGACUAAAGCAGUAAAUUCAAUAAUGCACAGAUUGAAUAGUUUAGCCAAUUUUGAUGGAACUGAUAAUAAAGUGAGUACAAUUGUAAGUGCCGCAUCUUCAGUGGAUAAUUUAUGUAGAAUGGACCCAGCGUGGUACCCUUGGCUCUAAUUCUUAUAUGUAUAAAAUUAGGUUAUGGCUUUUAAACCCUGAUCUCUUAUAUGUUUAGUGCCAACUCAAUUUUACUUAAAACUACAUGUAGUUAAUAAAAUAUUUUAUUUUAUAUAUAUAUAUUUAUGAUAUCAAUGUGAAUAUUGCACAUAAUUUUAAAAUAAAUACU